AUGAGUGCUCUUCCUCCAACUCCAACAGAAGAACUCUCUCGGAAAAUGCUUGACCAGCUGAAGGAAGGCAAAUUUCACAAUUCUGCUCAGGAAGCUCAAUUAAAAAUCUUACAAAGUCAAUUAAAAUCACUUCAAACAUUUGAAACUCCAUCAAAACUAAAUAAAAUUUGCGAAAAUAUAGUUGAUUGUCAAAAAAAUGAUAAUUCAAGAAAUAAAAUUUUUAAUUUAAUUCGGUUAUUCAGUGAUUUGGCUUUAUAUGCAUUUGAUAACCCAGUAGAAACAUAUAAUUCUUAUGCUUUUGAACAAACAAUCAAGAUAUCUAUUCAUUAUCUUAAUAUUAAUUAUCCAGAAAGCCUCAGAGAAGCAAUUAUUGUUUAUUUAACAAAUUCUUUUCAAUCAGAAUCAUUUUCUAUCCUUGAUAAAUACAACGGUGAAGGUAUAAUUACUAUACUAUACCAGGCAAUUUCUUUGAAUGGCUCUUUACUUAAUUUUCCUGCUUUAAGAUGUUUGACUUCAAUCGCUGCUCAUAGCGAGGAGUACCGUAACAAGGUUAAGGAAUGCGUAAAAAUUCGUGAUGCUUCAAAUUUACUCAAUAUUCUUGAAAAUCCAAGAGAAAAGAAACAAAUCAUCAGAUUAUUACAUGCAUAUAUCCUUUAUCCAUUGGAAGACGCCGAAUUUGAGGACAUUCUCAACAUUUUCAAGCUGAAUACAACUGCUUUUCAUAAACAGACUUAUCUCGCUUUAAUUGAUUUCGCAAGCGACCAAAAACAUGCAGAUGCUAUUCUAAAAGACGAAAUAUUUAUACAGGAACAAUUUACGAACCUUAGAGAUAUUCUUGUUUCACAAUUAAUUUAUACUGUUGUUAUGAAUACAUCUAAAGUUGUUUCAUUCCGUGUAGAGCCAUUCCUUAGAGAUUACUCACCAGAAGUUUCCGUUUUAAACAUCCAAACUUUGUCAAAUUCAAUAAUAAAUUCAGUUGUGAUGCAACAAGAGAUAAUCGAGAAGAUAGAUCUUAUUAAAAACAAAUAUGAAGCUAAUCAGAUAAAUCUCAAGAUAAAAAGAGAAAUUAUUUUAUUUAUCGGAACAUUUAUUCGUUCAUUGACCUCUGAAAAGGUCCUUUUGCUUAAGCCAUCAGACUUCCUUGAUUAUUUGGUCGAUAGUCUUGAUUACAACGACAGCGAAGUUAUUAUCAACUCUCUUUGCGCGAUCAACAAAUAUGCAUCAGCUUUCCCUACAGGAGAUGCAAAAGCAAUAAGAGACAAGUUUAUAGACCUCGGUGGAGUAGAAAAAAUCGAAGAAUUAAAAGAUAUUGGCGACGAUACCAUGAAUGAUUAUAUUUAUGCCUUUGAAAAAUCCUUUUUGGCAUCAGAUGAAAGGGUUCCCUUCAAUUUUGAAGGCUAA